AAAGAAGCCACGCACUCACACGUGCACCUUCUACUCUGAGCAGCGACUAUACAUUUGUCCUUCUUCAAUGUUCUCCUUCCUCCGAUAACUUUCACUAUAACCAACGAACACACUCUCACAUAACUCUCUCUCUCUCUCUCUCUCUGAGUCCUUCUUCUUCUUCGUCCAGCCAACAUGAGCUCAAUCGUUCAGGGUUUCUCCAAGUCACUGGCCAUGACCAUUCUCUCUGAGAUCGGUGACAAAACGUUUUUUGCAGCUGCGAUACUGGCUAUGCGACACCCUAGACGCCUAGUCUUAUCAGGUUGCUUAUCGGCUUUGAUUGUGAUGACCAUUCUCUCUGCUCUUGUUGGCUGGGCAGCUCCAAAUCUGAUCUCUCGCACAUGGACUCAUCACAUUACAACAUUUUUAUUCUUGGGAUUUGGACUUUGGUCCUUGAAAGAUGCUAUAUUUGAACAAGGGGAUGCGGAAGAAUUGGCUGAAGUUGAAGCUAAAUUGGAUAAAGAUUGGAAGGCUAGCAAUGGAGCUACAAAAAAUAGCAAUAAGGAUGAUGAUGCCACAAAAAAGCAUAAACGGUCAUUUUUAUCUCAGUUUUUUUCUCCUAUCUUUUUACAGGCAUUUUCAAUCACCUUUUUUGGUGAAUGGGGUGACAAGAGCCAGCUGGCUACCAUAGGUUUGGCUGCAGAUGAGAACCCAUUUGGUGUGGUUCUUGGAGGGAUUCUGGGACAAGCAUUGUGCACUUCUGCUGCUGUUGUUGGAGGGAAGAGUUUAGCUUCUCAGAUAUCUGAAAAAAUUGUUGCACUCUCAGGUGGAAUUCUUUUCAUUGUUUUUGGAAUUCAGUCAUUCCUCUCUCCAGUUGAAUCAUGAAGGCUGUGCUAUUGGUUAGUGAUUAUUCAUUGUGUUUUUUACAAGACAUGUUUAGCAAAUAUGUUUGUUAUUAUGGUUGGGGUUGGUUGCUAAAAAUGCUCAGCUUCGUGCCUAAUCCUCCCCAGGUCAUAGAUUUCAUUAUUUCGACCCUUUUGUAGUUUAAAAUAAAUUUACCAUUGUAGGAUGACAGCCAAAUUCAAUAUAAACAGUCAACGUGAGUGGAUUGUUAUGUUUAGACAAACAUGUGCCUA